AUGGAUCUCCUUAAGAAUCUCGCUGGUGGUGCCGACAACAAUGAUCAACGCGGCCAGCAACCAUAUGGCCAGCAGUCACAUGGCCAGCAACAGCAAUAUGGCCAGCAGCAGCAAUAUGGCCAGCAACAACAGCCAUACGGUCAGCAGCAGCAGGGCCACUCUUCAUCUGGCUCAGGCUCCGGCUCCGGUCUCGGUGGUAUGAUCGGCGGAUUGAUGGGUGGUGGCAGCCCAAAGCAGUCGCAGCAGCAUCAACCUCCGUCGUACGGCCACCAAGAUCAGUCGUACGGCCAACAGGGGGGAUCAUACGGCCAACAAGGCGGAUCAUACGGCCAGCAAGGCGGGUCAUACGGCCAACAGGGCCAGCAGUCAUACGGCCAGCAGCAAGGUCAUUCCUCCUCGGGUUCUGGCUCUGGUUCAGGCCUCGGCGGCAUGAUCGGAGGACUGAUGGGCGGUAGCGCCAAGCCCCAGCAGCAGCAGCAAUCGUCUUACGGCCAGCAGCAAGGACACUCUUCGUCCGGCUCUGGAUCUGGCUCUGGUUUGGGUGGCAUGAUUGGUGGAUUGAUGGGUGGUAGCAAGCCUCAGCAGCAGCAGCAGCAACAAAGCUCUGGCGGUUGGGGCGACAAGCUCCACGGCAUGAUUGGUGGUGGCCCAGAGUCAGAAAAGAAGGAAGACACCGUUGAUAAGGCUGUCGAUCUUUUCCAGGAGCAUAUCCUCAAGCAGGGCCCUCAAAACAAUGAGAGCGCUUUCGAACAAGCUAAGGAUGAGCAGAUUGGCAACUUCAUCCGAUCCCAGUACAAAAACUACACCGGCAAGGAUAUCUCUAAGAAAUAA